AUGUUUCAUGUCAGGGGCCUCGCAGGUUACCUAUUUCUAUCCUUGGGUGGCCUUCUGUCUUCUCCCUCACAGGCUGAUUCGGUUGGGACUCCGCUUUGGCAAGCCCCGGUUCUGAACGAAGUCAAUGCUUAUGCUCGUGUAAUCGAGCUCCAACAUGCUGGUGAUCAAAAUGGUAAACUGGUGGCAACCUGGGAACAUUGGUAUACCACGGCUCCAGGGUCGACAACACUGGAGGACUUUCCGGCUGAGAUCAUAAUUCGCGAGAGUGGCGACGGAGGGAAGUCAUGGUCAACUUUGGCGACUAUCAACGAAACCAGCGGGGUUUCAUAUAGUGCGUUCUGGCAGCCAGCUCUUUUCGAGUUUCCUCAUCGCCUUGGGAACUACCCGGCAGGCACUUUGCUUUUAGUGGGCAACCUUGUCCCAGCCGAUAUCUCGUCGACCAACUUUUUCGCUUGGCGAUCCCAGGAUCAUGGUGAAACAUGGGACCCCGUGGGAAUUUGGCAGCAGGGCAGUAUAGGAAAGGGUAUUUGGGAACCUUUUCUGUUCUUGGACAACGAAGGACGACUUGUGGCACUUUUUUCAGACGAACGAGACCAUGAGAACCACUCACAAAUGGUAGUUCACGUCGUGUCCGAAGACGGCGGUGACACCUGGGGCGAUGUUGUUCGAGAUAUUGCUAGUCCGAACAAAGAAGAUCGUGCUGGGAUGGCCACAGUUGCCAAGAUGGACAAUGGAGAAUAUAUCAUGAGCUAUGAGUUAUGCGGAUUUCCCAACUGCCCUUCUCGUUGGAAGACCUCCACAGACGGUGUUAACUGGAAUGCAAAUGAUCUGGGCACACAAGUCUCCACCUCCGACAGCCUCUAUGCUGGAGCAAGCCCCUACAUUGUCUGGGAUAGCCCAGCCAAGCAACUGGUGAUGGCCACACGAGAAAUCUGGUACAACGCUGCUGCUGAUGAGAUUGCCCCCGAGCAACGUCGUGCAGUCUUCACAAACAAGAACUACGGCCGCGGGGCAUGGCUCUGGUCUCCGUCUCCAUGGCGUGUCAGCGAAGAUACAGCAAACUGUUCCUCGGCCAAUUACAGUCCUAACUUGCUGCCAAUUGCGGAUGGAAUUAUACGAUACACGGCCCCGACAUCCAUGGAUUCCGCACGCCCUUGUUCGGAAGCAACGGGCGAAGCACCUAUCGGAAUUUUGCCCUAUGAAGCAGAUUUCAGGACCAAAGGUGAUGCAGGUUGGAUUGACUUGGAGGGAAGUUGGUCCGUGUUGGGCGACCAGUACAGCUUCGCGUCUGUUUCGGACAACGAUGCAAUUGCUUUGACAGGUUCCUCUGGGUGGUCGGACUACACUAUCGAGGCCAAUGUCAAGGUCUCAGAUUCCCACUCGCAAGCUGGGCUCGCUGCGCGGGUCUCUGCCUCGACCACUGCCCCGGGCGCGUGGAAAGGAUAUUCAGCCGUCAUUGAUGCUGGCAGCGGCAAAGUGACCCUCUUCCAGCAUGAUGACAGUAUCACUGUAUUGCAUUCGGAGGAUCAUUUUCUAGGUAUCCUGGAAGACAAGUGGUACUACAUGACUAUUGCUGUGGAUUCUCAGAGCAUCACGGUGACUUUGUGCGACGAAUCUGGCCUUUUCAACACCCAUUUCACCGCUGAGGCUGAUACCUUUCCGCAAGGAAUGGCGGGAUUAUUUGGAAAUAAUGGAUCUGGUUCCUUCAGAAAGGUUCGAAUCCUGUAA